AUGGUAGUUGUUAAAACUGAACCAAAUUUGGAUACUUCUUAUAAAGCUGAAUUGGAUGUUGGUCCAAUUAAAGAUCAAUUCUUAUUUACGCCUAAAACCGAGAAAAGUGUUACUAGUAAUAAACUUUCAAUAUCGAAGAUCCCAAAUAGCCGCCCAUACACAAAUAAUAAAAAUAAAACUAUAACAACUCAUUACAAUAACAGUAAUAGUACCAAUAUUAAUUACAACAACAAGAGUGAUAAGAGUAGUACAGUUAAAGAUAAAGUUAAUUUCUCUGACUAUAUACUUUCGACUUCAAAUAUUGGUAAAAAUGAUACAGAUAACAAUGUUGUGACUAAUAAGAAUGUGAAAACUCAUAAGAAUGAUGCCACUCUUCUAGAAAAUAGAUCUUCUCCAGUUAUCAAAACUGAAUUAUUCGAUAAAAAUGUAUUUUCAUUAACAGAUAUGAAUAAAAAGACUAUAAAUAGUAGUAGUAACCACAACAAUGAGGAUAAUUUAAUGGACGAUAGUAAAGGACGUAAAGUGAGGAAAAGAUCUAAGAUUGAAAAUCUUAAUAUAACAGGUAAAUUGAAAAAGACUAAACAAUCACAAAUGUCGAUAAAUAGUCAUCUCGACACUACAAAUAUAAAACAGUUUGAUAAUGUUGAUAAUAUUCCUGUGGACCCAGGAAAGAAAAAAAAUUUUGAUGAGUUGUUGUAUGAAAGAAAAAACAUUCUUGCUACUGAAGAAGAGAAAGAAAAAUUGUUUGUCGAAUUGUUUGAAGAUGUAGAUCCUAACGAAGAAUUGGAUUAUUGUAAAGAUAUAAUUCAGUUUCCCUUGGAGAAAUGGUUGGAAUGGGGACAUAAUUUUACCAUUGAACAUGAAAAUUUAAUUGAAGAACUUAUGAAAACUAGGCUUGAUCUAAGUUAUAAAUUCCAGAUAGUAACUAGGACUAUGAGUGAUCGAUGUGACGCCUUAAUAAAUCAAGAAAAUCAUUUGGAUGGUAAAUUAAAAAAAAUUAAAAGUAUUGCUAAAAAUAUGCUUGAUAUAUUAUAA